AUGUUGAAAAUUGUCGGUUUGUGGCCGCCAGACAACCGAGACUCCCGUGAGAUCGUAGGUUCGAAACUUCGACUGCUGUACACAUUUACCACAUUGCUUUGCAUAUUGACGAUACCGGUUUUAGCAUCAUUGAUAAGGGUAUGGGGCGACAUGAAAUUAAUGAUUGAUAAUUUGCAAUAUAGUCUAUCUCUGUUGAUGACAAUAUGUAAAAUCUGCAUCAUAUGGUACAAACAAGAAGCUUUAGCACCUUUAAUUGAUAUGAUUAAAAAUGAUUGGAUGAAGGCAAAAAUAAAAGAAGAGCGUGAUGUUAUGUUGAUGUACUCCACGGUCACUCGAAAUAUCGCUAUAUGCGGAAUGUUCAUGGUACUAUUGUCAAUGAUGAUUGGCGUCAUCUUUCCAUGGUUCGGACUGACUGUCAGGCAAGUGACGAACCUGACCGACCCUGGGAAACCUUUGCCGUUGCAAUCGUACUACUUGCACGAUGUUUCCAAAAGUCCGCAGUUCGAAUUAACGUUUUUGGCACAAGGAAUGGGAUUAAUUACAACGACUAUCGCUUAUUCUGCGGUCGACAACUUCCUUGGAUUAUUAGUUAUACACGUCUGCGGUCAACUAAAAAAUCUACAUUCGCGAUUGGCACAUAUGGAAAAGUAUCCGAACUUCCAUGCAGCUUUAAAAUUCAACGUUCAAGAUCACAUACGUUUGAUUAGGUACCUAGGAAUCAUUAAUUUAAAUUAA